GAGGUUAUCCCCUAAUCCCUCGCAUGCUAUCCGUAAAAUACAAAAUUGCAUGCAUUAUACUCAUCCUCUUCAAUUAUAUAAAAUUUCUGGUCAACUGCUACAGACAUUCUCCACCAUUAAUAAAUUGGCUCGUGCUUCUGUUCAUGCAUCUUCUUCCAAGAAUGAAUCACGAUGAGAGGCCCUUAAUGAAGGGUGAUUUUACUGUUGAUCGACACAGUGAUUCUCCGUUUGUUGACAGAAACUUUAUCAGGAAGCUUUUCAGCUGCUGCUGUCACGGAUCCGACGAAUUUCCGUCCUGGGAUGACAAGCUGAAAGGAUCUGUGCGGAGAGGAAGAGAAUUAUCUGAUUCGCUCGCAAAUGAAGUGGCUUUAAACUGGUCUCGCAAGGAAAAGAAACUAAAGGUCUUUUUCAGGAGGAUCAGAAAAAGUAACAGAAAGAGUGUAUAUUGUGAUAUUCAGACUAAAUCUGCAAGGUUUCAGUAUGAUCCUGACAGUUAUGCGCUUAAUUUUGAUGAGGGCUCUUUAGAAGAGGACGGGCAUUCGUUGCGCUCAUUUUCUGCCAGAUUUGCAGCCCCUGUGGCUAAGCCCUGGGAAACCCUACAGUCCUAAAAUAUAGGAUGACCUUGCCAUUAUCUAUGAAUAUUUGUGUGGAUCGACAUUGUCCAAAGCUCCUCGUCGUAAAAUAUAGGAUGAACUUGCCAUUAUUUAUGAAUAUUUGUGUGGAUCGACCUUGUGCAAAGCUUCUCUCACAAAUCAGAGAAAAAACCAGGGUUUCUUCCAUCUGCAUCGUUGUGUAUGAAUAUUGUUUGGAUUCACAUUCAUUUCGUUGCAUCUGCCUAGUAUUAGGGUUUGAAGUUUAGCAAUCUGGAUACAUUUUAGGCACUCUGACUGUAGGUUUUUGUUUUAGGAUGAGCUUGCCAUUAUUUAUGAAUGUCUGUAUAAAUCGACCUUGUGCAAAGCCCCUCUCAAAAAAUAGAGAAAAAAUCCAGUGUUUCCUCAAUCUGCAGAAUAAUGUUUAGAUUCACAUCCAUUUCUUUGCAUCUGUAGAUCAUAAGGGUUUGAGGCUUGGCGAUUUGGAUACUUUUAAGCCACCCUGGCUGGAAGUUUUUUUUUCUUGUAUUUUCAUUCUUUCUGAGAAUCCAGCAAUGUGGUUUGAUAUUUCCCUGUUAAUGCUCUCAGAGAUCCUGAGUCAUUCAAAAGUUUAUAUGAAAAUAAAUGGUUUUGGCAGAAAGGAAAUGGCUAAGUUUUACACUUCUGUAAAACGAAAU